UUCUUUUCUUUUUUUUUUUCCAUCAUCUCUUGCUUUCAAGUGGAAUUGAUUGACAGGAUGGAUGCGUUAGAAUCUCAAUGGACUCCGUAUCAACUGAUGUCACUUAGUGUGGGUGCUCUUAUCAGUUGGUUGUUACUUUCUUACCUUAGCAAACCUGGUGUAAAGAAGUUCACGGUGCCUGUUCCCGAAGCUGCUGAUCCUAAAUGGAAAGGACCUAUACUAGAACAUCCUGUUAUACGCGAUCCUUCUGACCCUUCUACUGUUAUUUGUUACGAUCCUGCUACUGGUUAUUUGAUUGACAAGAUCCCUGCACCUACAGUGGCAGAUGUUCAUGAUGCUUUGGAAAGAACACGGGCAGCACAAGAAAAAUGGUCCAAGACGACUUUUGAUCAACGUCGAGCGGUUUUGAAUAGUCUAUUGACCUUUGUGUUGGAUAAUCAAGAAACAAUUUGUAGAGUGGGUGCUCGUGAUACUGGCAAAACUAUGGUGGAUGCUUCUUUAGGUGAAGUGAUUACUACUUGUGCAAAACUUCGAUGGACAAUUGAUAAUGGUGAACAAACUUUGGCAGAUGAUUAUAGAAGUCCUGGCAUGAUGAUGAUGUACAAACAUGCCAAAAUUGUGUAUCAGCCUAUGGGUGUUGUUGCUGCGUUGGUUAGUUGGAAUUAUCCUUUCCAUAAUACCAUUGGACCUGUUAUUUCUGCAUUAAUGUCUGGGAAUGGGAUUAUCGUCAAGUCUUCCGAAUAUGUGGCAUGGUCUUCUCAAUAUUAUUUAUCUAUUAUUCGUAAAUGCUUGGAAAUCCAUGGUCAUGAUCCUGAAUUGGUUCAAUUUUUGACUGGAUUUGCAGAUGUGGGUGAAGCUGUGGUAAAAUCUGGUGUAGAUCAUGUUACUUUUAUUGGUUCUCCAGCUGUGGGCAAAAUUGUUCAACGAACUGCUUCUGAUAUCUUGGUACCUUGUGUUUUGGAACUGGGUGGCAAGGAUUGUGCUAUUGUUUUGAAAGAUACUGAUUUAUCUCAAGCUAUCCCGGUCUUAAUGCGCGGUGUUUUCCAAAAUUGUGGUCAAAACUGUGUAGGGAUUGAACGUAUCAUUUUGGCUGAAGAGAUCUAUGAUCAAGUAGUGAAUGAAAUGCAAACUCGUAUUGGAAAACUUCGACAAGGUGCUGUAAUGACUGAUGGUGAUGAUGUUGAUUGUGGUGCCAUGACUAUGGGUAAUCAAUUUGAAAAGUUGGAAGGAUUGGUGGAAGAAGCUGUAUCUCGUGGUGCUCGAUUAUUAUGUGGUGGCAAACGAUAUCAACAUCCUAUUCAUACUCAUGGUCAAUACUUUGAACCUACAUUACUAGUGGAUGUGACGACGGAUAUGGCUAUCGCUAAUAAUGAAACUUUUGCUCCCAUUAUGGUGGUGAUGAAACAUCAAGGACCUGAAGAUGCUCUCCGUAUUGCCAAUGCAUGUCCUUUUGGUCUUGGAUCCUCAGUAUUUUCUGGUGAUAAGAGUGUGGCGGAAAAGCUUGCUCUCAAACUCAAAGUAGGCAUGUCUAAUGUGAAUGAUUUCGGUGUGAACUAUUUAUGUCAAAGUCUUCCAUUUGGUGGUGUGGGUAUCUCUGGUUAUGGACGAUUUGCUGGACCUGAAGGACUUCGAGGAUUAUGUGUUCCUAAAGCCGUCACUAUUGAUCGGAUUCCUGGUGUCAAGACACCGAUCCCUCCUAUUUUGGAUUAUCCCGUCAAGAGUGCUUGGAUUAGCUAUGGCUUUGUACAAAACUUGAUUCAUACGAUUUACAACCCGGAUUUAGUGGCCAAGAUCAAAGCAGUCGUUGGAUUGGCCAAGGCUAAUCUUCAAUAGUUUCCAGUAUUAUUAUUAUUUAUAUGUGAUCUAAUAAAGAGACAAAUCAACAAAUC